ACUAAUCACAUCUCAAAGGAAGACACUGUUGUAUACAUGGCGUGUUUGGAUGCUGUUUUGUAACGUUGCUGCUGUGUGCACCCAGUUAGUAAGCGGCAAGGGCGGGCCGCUGUAUGCAUAUGUGCCGGUGAAGUUGCAUCGAGAGUUCCGGACAGAAAUAAAUUGAGUUUACGAGACUGCUUGACCAUAAAAUCUUGAAUGUUAUGCGCUUCUGAUGAAGAAAAGCUUUCUUUACUCAUCAGUAAUGGAAACUAAGGGGCUCUACCCGUGCUUAGCAUCGACACAGGCCGCCGGUUGCUGCCGGAGGACGAUACCCAGGACCAUGGGGGCGAGACGGCACAGGAGGAGGCCCAGCGCUCGUUGGGUCAUCCGGACGGGCCUCCUCUUGGGGGUAUUUGCUGUUUCCACACUCUACUUUGUGGCCUUCGGCAGGGGCUCAAUCAGCGAUGAGGCUGCAGGACACAGUGGCUACCGAUCUAGACAUCUACUCAGCACCGGGAACAAAACAGGUCACGGCAUUGAUUCAUGUGACUACGAGACCCAGCAUGUGACAGCACUGUUCGUGGUCGUGUAUACCAUUCUCAUCCUCAUAUUCUUCAUCUCGCUUGCUAUCAUCUGUGAUGAUUUCUUUGUGCCAUCGCUGGAGAUCAUCUCGGAGCGGCUGGAGUUGUCCGAAGAUGUGGCGGGAGCUACCUUCAUGGCGGCUGGAUCGUCGGCGCCCGAGCUGUUCUCCUCGCUGGCCGGCGUGUCCGUGGAGAGCGACGUCGGGGUGGGAACCAUCGUGGGCUCGGCAGUGUUCAACAUACUCAUCAUCAUCGCCAUGUCCGCCGCACUUGCUGGUCAGGUGCUCCAGCUAGACUGGCGCCCACUGCUCCGCGAUAGCAUCUGGUACGCACUGUCUAUCGCCUGCUUUAUUGUCUUCUCGUGGGACGGCCAGUUCGAGCUGUAUGAAGCCAUCGUACUCUUGGUGCUAUAUGGUCUGUACAUAGUCAUCAUGAAGUUCAAUACUUCUAUCAUGGACUUGAUGAGUUGCAACAAGUGUCGAAAGACUAAAGUAGAACCGCUCGAGUCCGGGAACGGCCAGGACGACCAAGCAGGAUCCGCCAAGGUCACACCCGACGACGCAGCGUUUACCCCUGCUGUAGCCGCCGAGAAGCAGAUGUCCCACGCGGACCGCAAGCUUUCUAUCAUAUCCACAGCCUCCGGGGGCGGGUUGCCACGAUCGUCGUCGUCUCACAAGCACAUCUUUCAUCAUGUCAAGCACGGGGAACUCGCAGCGAACUUCGCUAGCAAGAGACACUCCAUCACUGUCGUCCAUCACGAGCAUCCUGUGCUGCCUGCAGUACCGCCAAACGCUGAGGACGACACACCUGCCAAGCAAGACAUCAUCGAGGAGGAUGAGGUCAUCGAUGAAGAGUUGACGCUCCGUCCCAUCCCGUGUCUACCGGCGAUCAGCAUGUACUACCCGGACCGCGAAGUCAUGCAGUCCCGCUGCGGCUACCUGCGGUACGCCCUCAAGUGGCUCAUGUUUUGCAUCAGCUUUCCCUUCAUGUGCGCCUUCACCUGGACCAUACCAAACUGCAGUAAUCCCAAAUACAAGCGUUUCUACAUACUGUCCUUUGUGCUUUCUAUUGUCUGGAUCGCCAUCUUAAGUUUUGCCAUGAUCACCUUAGUGACGAAAGUGGGCUGCAUCCUCUCCAUCGAUGCUUACUCCAUGGGCUUGGUUUUUGUGGCGAUUGGUACUAGCGUGCCGGAUGCAAUCAGCUCUAUAUUGGUGGCCCGUGAUGGCUUCGGCGAUAUGGCUGUCUCUAACGCCAUCGGUUCUAACGUGUUCGACAUCGACCUUGGGCUUGGCCUUCCGUUCCUCAUCAGUAUCAUCAUCUUCAAUAGACCACUUAAUCUACUCACUCAGGAGGAAUCUGACAUGCUGGCUACCGGAGCCCUACUCAUGACGCCACACGCUAAAUUUGGCUUCAUCCUGCUUGGCAUCCUGGUCCUCACGCUCAUCGUCUUUGCCUGCGUCCGCUUCAAGCUCAACAGGGUCGUCGGCGUCACUUUCGUCGCGGUUUACGUCCUUUUCCUCAUCUACGCCUUCCUGCAGGAGUUGGUCUGCAAAUACAUCUGCUAACAGCAUGAGCUCGGACCCACGGAUUCCAAGCAUCGUCUAUGUACUCACCUUCACGAUGGAUACUUUGAAGCAAUGUCAGUUGCAGCAAAAUGUGCACACUUGGUGGCAGCAGCUUAAGGUCACUUCCAAAUAUCGGCUUCGUCAGAUAUUUAACUCUUAGUGUAAAUAAUAUGACUGCUGUUUUCACUUUGAAGCCGCACUCUGACAUUGAAGCCGAUGUUUGAGAGAUUGCACCUUUUGUUGUCCUAGUUGUCUCUUUACGAUCUACAACACGGACGUAUA